AAUUUGAAAGGCCUAUAUAUAUGUGACCUUACAUUAAGCAAGAAAAUGCAAUCUGUUAACAUGGCUAACAAGCUCUCUUUCUUCUUUUGCAUUCUCCUUGUUUCACUUGCUGUUGAUUCAUUUUGGUCCUCAAGCACUCGAGUGAUGGCUCUGCGAGAUCUACCUUUAUUAGAAGAAGCUGUACAAGUGAUUGAGCAGACUGUACUCCGAGAUGUGCGUUGUUUCGAUCGUUGCAAAACUAAUGCAGAUUGCAAAAAUGUAAUAGGCUGGAGAAAGUGUACGAAUUGUCGUAAGGGUUAUACGUCUGUGAAAAGGUGCUACGCUAAUUGACCAAUUUUGUGUGUCAACUUGUAAGAUUAAGAAUAUAAUUAAGU